ACUCACGCACCCCUUCGCGAUGCCUCUUCGCAACAGGCCGACCGCAUGGGAAGUCUCCUCCGGCGAGUCUAAUGCCCGUGUAUCGCUCAAUACAUCGAACAACGCGUCCCCUUUCGCUCGCCCUUCGACGCGACCUCCGACCUCUGUCUACACGCCACCGAACUCAAGCCAUCGCACCUCCUCUCCGGCGUCAUCUGUAGGCGGAAGCACUCUAGUUGGAACUCCUCGAGACGCGAGGGGAGGAAAGCGCACACAUGGGGAGUGGGAUGAAGGGGUCAGGGGCAAAGGAAAGAAACCCGACAAGCGGACGCGUUCUUCUCAGCAACAGAAGCCUCAAUACUAUCCGGAAAGUGAGACAUACAUCCAUGAGAAUGGAAAGAACAAGCCUACCCGUAUUCUCACGGAUUUCGUGAUUUUUGAUCCCGGCCACGAUGAUGAGCUUGUGUCUCUCGAAGACCUCUUCGACCAUACGAUCGACCGGUCGUUCGAAGCCACUGGGAACGUCGCACCUGAGUUUAUCAAUGAGGAGGACGCAGGUUUAGACGAUGAUGGCUUCGAGGAUGAUCUCGCUAAACAGCGUCUUCGUACGAGUGCAAUAUUCAGCUUUACUUUGGAUUACAACUCCAGCAAUUCCAUCUAUAUUCAGACGCAGUAUGCUCGGUACGCCUUGAAGACACCCGCGCAAAUAUACAGUCAGAUCUGGUUUUCCUUCUACCGCCCUCACAGAGUCGCCCAGUUGAUCAUGUCACUCGCCUCGCUGGAUCCACAAAGUUGCACCAGGAAAAAAAUACAUUCCAGGUUUAUUGGGACUUUCCACGAUGAUAUCAAAGGCAUCAUCUUGGAAGAAGACAUCGGUCAGGCAGACAGGGUUCUGUUUGAUGUGAUUCAGGAUAAUGAAGCUGGAUACGAUCGAGCCCUACAGUCGCCGUACAUGCGAGACUUACGAAACUCGCCAUUGCAACCUAACGGCGGAAGGAGAGCAUGGGGUGGCGGCCCACGGGGUUCGCAGCAUGUCGAUCGGACGAAGCCCUUCAACACAAUUAAUCUCGAUCUGCUUGUGCUGCGCCCGGAGAGACAGAAUAGCACUACAGUGACACCGCUCGUAGCCAAGCUAUCCGAUGGACUUUUUCUUGGCGAACAGUUCAAGCUGUUAGUCACGGCAAGAGAACAACAGACCAAUGAGGAACGUCGGCGGGAAUUCCAGCAGCAGCGCAAUCAGCUCCUCGAAUUCCUCCGUCGCGCAAGCAAGCCAAGGACGAGCAUUGGCUUUCCCAACGACGGACAAGUCCGUCCUCGCAGCGAUUUCUGGAACUGUGUAGUUUUAGAGGACACCACUUUCAAGGCAGGAGAUGUAGUGCUAUUGCCUGCCAGUAAAUAUAAGGGGCGCCGCACGCCUGAGGAGAUUCCGCCCUUUGUCGACGAAAGGGGGUACAACAUACCUGAAGGGCGUAUGAUAUGGGAUUACUUCUGGUUCGCACAGAUCAUGUAUUUCAACCAGCAGCGCAAAAAAGUGCAUGUACGAUGGUUCGAGCAUUCAUCAAGGUCGAUUACUCAGGAAAUCUAUGACCCCCGUGAGCUGUUUUUGACCGACAUCUGCGACGACGAAGACAUCCGCAUCUUGGUGGGCAAAAUUGACGUCGUGUACCGUCAACGGCCGCUUCUCAAACGCCUUCCAGGGCGGUUCUCGCCCAACCCUCCUCGAAUACCUCCUGAUGAUACCCAGUAUUUCUACAGUUUCAAAUACAACGAGAAAGACGGUUCAUUCUUGGCGCUCGGCGAGACAGACCUGCGGUCUCCGUUAGCACAACCGCCGAACAACUGUCCAGUCUGCAUACGCCAAGCUGCUCAAGAGCAGGAGAACCAUCCACAGGCUAUUGAAAGUGGCGCGGGUAUCGCCUUCCGUGGCGUGAACUAUCAUAUCAAUGACUUUGUCAUGAUCAGGACGCAAGACCCAGUAUGCAUGAUUGGGCAGAUCGUCGGCGUUGCUUUUGACGACAGCGCAAGAGCGCAAGGGUCUUGCGAGGUGACCAUUAUGCCACUUGGGCGAGUCAACGAUAUUCUGCAAUAUUGCAGAGAGGAAACAAUCGUUAAGGACGAGGCAAGUCUCCUGCAUAUCAGAAGAACAGCUUAUGCCGACACUACCAUUCAGAGACACUUGUACCUAACCACCUCCAAGGUUGAUAGCGUCGUAAUCAACGCCAACGAUCUCAUCCGGCGCUGUCGCGUCGUUAAUUUCUUCUCUGUCCCAAAUUAUUGGGUGUGCGACGUCAGCGCAUACCUAGACCAGUCUCCGUACAAUUUCUACGUCAAAUUCAAGUUCCCGAAACUGAAGGUGACAAGCUGGAGUGGGGUCCAAGAGCUCACACGAAAGUCCAAGGUUCCCGAGAUAUGCGCCAUUUGCUUCUAUGAAGACAAGAAGCUAGUGGAAAACUUCAAAGAGUUCAAGCAAGUCAAGGAGAGGCGACCAUUCAGGGCGUUUGAUCCAUUCGGAGGGGUCGGGGCGUUUGCGCUUGCGAUGCAGGAGGCAGGAUGCUUGAAACUGACGCAUGCAGUCGAAUUGUCUCCGUCCGCUGCGCUGACAUUGAAACGGAACUCUCCUGACACGACCGUGUACAACCAAUGCGCAAAUCUCGUCCUCGAGCACGCGGUGAAGACAGUGCGCUUGCCAGGAUACCAGCUUCCCCCCGAAUACAAGCCUAUCCUCAAGAGCGACCCCACUCUGUCACCCCUUCCUCCGCCGCCCAAGCCAGGGGACAUCGACUGCAUUGUUGCCGGCUUUCCUUGGCACGUGAAACUGGUUAUGCUUCUGCCUAAGGCGAACGACAGGAAGAGCCACCUCAUUCUCAACCUCUUGUCGUGGGUGGAUUUCUUGGAGCCCAAGCUCUGCUUCUUCGAGAACGUGUGCGGGUUCCUACAAUACAACCUGAACUCGAUCCAAGCGAGCAGGUACAAGUUGGAGGGUGGUAUACAGAUGGGCGGCUUGAAGUUCUUGGUGCGGGCGUUGGUGACAAUGGGGUAUCAGGUAAAAUUUGCAGUUCUCCAAGCUGCGCACUACGGUACCCCACAAACACGCGUGCGCUUCUUCCUCAUCGCAGCCCAGCUUGGCCAGCCGAUGCCCAAUUUCCCGGCGCCACUCUACUCCUUCACCCCCAAGGACGCUCUUGAAAUCAAGUUCUCACAUGGCCUCAUAGCGAGGCCUAUCAACACGGAAAAUGGCAUCGCGCCCUUCCGAUAUGUCACUGUAGACGAUGCCAUUGGGGAUCUCCUGCGAUGGGACUGGGUAAACCCACGCAAAGGCGCUGAACGAGAGCGGAGAGAUCCUGGCACUAGGGAAGCCAUACGCGCGGUCAAGGUGGAGCAGACCAAGAAGGCGGUUGGCCCACUUGCUGCUGGUACAGUCAAGUAUCACGGACCCGCACGUACACGCUUUCAAGAGAAGGCUCGUGUGAAGCAAAGCGAAAUCAAGGACCUGCAGCAUAUCACGCGCGUGUUGAAAUUAGACACGGUCGCGAGAGUGACAUUGAUCCCACUGGAGGCGAAAGCCGACUAUCACGCGCUGCUGAAGGACAAGGACAUCCCCAGGGAUCUGCUUGAGUGGCAUUGGGCCGACCCGAAAUCGGCUAUCGCCCGGCAUGGCUUCCGUCCCGGUCUCUACGGCCGCAUGGACCCCAACGAGUGGUUCCAGACGACGGUCACGAACGUCGAGCCCACUGCUAAGCAGUGCAAGGUCCUGAAUCCCUUUUGCAAGCGCGUCGUCAGCGUACGAGAGCUCGCAAGAUCUCAGGGCUUCCCGGACCACUUUCAGUUUUACUGUUACGACACGGUCAACGUCAAGACGAUGCAACGCGAGAUUGGUAAUGCAGUCCCUUGGCCAGUGGGAUAUGCUUUAGGGCGCGAACUUCGAGAUGCACUCUUCGAGGAUUGGUUGCGCAAUAGGCAGCAGCUGCCUCCACUCGAUGCCGAGGUGAUCAUCCUGGACUAAGUCUUCGAACAAUGCUUUAACGUGUGAUUGUGUAUGCUUGCAUGAUGUAGUGUAACGUCUAUGGAUUCUGCUUGUUUGUUGUACCUAUUGACGUGCUCACAAGUGUUUUUUAUAUCUAUACCUCUCGAGGCCAUUUAGUGGCAGAUGGUUGCCCGAGCCUCGAAGGAGUCCGGCUUCCGCCAUAGUUUGGGACUAGUUACGAAGAGCUCCGGCGCAUCCGCAUGCACAUUCCAUGAACGCCGUCCGGCAGAAAUUUGUUUUUCUAGUGGCUCAAUCGAUGUUAGGGUGCAAUGCAGAACCAAGGGUAGAGACUUACCAAACUUCGCAAUAACAAUCCGUCUCUCAAGACUCCUCCUCAUCCGCUACUUCAUAACCUACCCACACAACUUCAGAGCAGCUGCUACAUCCAAUCAGAUGCCGAUCUUUCUCCAUGUCCUCCUCCGUUAUGCGGUAUGUACCCCCACAGCGACAGUCGUAGGUCCAAUAGACCUCAUCUGAACCCACGUCUUCAUGCACUGUGAAGUCCUCGAGCGAGACAACCUGUGCAGGUCUGGGACCGGACUGCGACCUGGCUCGCGUGGCGUCGUACUUGACACGAAGCUCGGGAGUCGAGAGUGUCACGAACGCUCUCUUGAGCAAGUCGAUGUCGAUGGCAUUUUCGCGACGGCUUGACGCAAGUUUUUUGUCCGGGUGAUGAAGAAGCAAGGCGCGGUGGUACGCGGCUUUUAUCUCGAUAGUCGACGCAGAUGCCUCGAGGGACAGGACCGCGUAAUAGUUGGACUCUGCAGAUGCAUCCAGCGUGGCGGGUGGUGGAAUGGGGCAAGGUUUGUUGGCGCCUAGAGCGAAUCGGAGGCGACGACUGGACGCCGGACAGCGGAAGCAGAUCGAGAU